AUGUCGGGCAAAGACUUCAUUAUUAAGCACAUGAACGCCGACCAUGGCGAUUCGCUCCAGCUGUACUUACAAGCAUACGCCCGGAUCACAGCCGCUCAAUCGAAAGGCGCCGCCCUCGAAGACCUGACCCUCUCCGCCCUCACCAUCCGCGCCAACGGAACCCGCUACAGCAUUCCGAUCGACCCGCCCAUGACAAGUUACAACGAGGCCCGGGGUCGCCUGGUCGCAUUGCACAAGGACAGCCUGCAGAAGCUCGGCCGCUCGGACAUGACACUGACCGAGUACCGUGCCCCACGUGGCCACCACGCCAUCAUCUUCGCGCUGUGUCUUUUCACCUACGCCAGCUGUUUCCGCCGCGAGAACCUCUUGCCGGGCUCAUUCAUCUACGAGAACCUCGGUUACAAGUUCUUGCCUGAUUUCGCCCACUUCGUUUACAACAUUCAGCCUUGGUUGUUCCCUGGCGUGGUGGCCAUCCAUAUCUUCGAGUCGGUCUUGUUGGCUGUCACACGGUUGAAGCCGCUGGGUGUGCCUUUGUUCUCGGGACUGUGGUUCGCUUGGGUCGGUUCGUGUUUCAUCGAAGGAUUUGGUACGUUUCAGCGGAUUGGCAAGAUCGUAAAAGAGCAGCGGGAGAAGGGUGGGAAGAGUCAGUAA